GCAUCAUAAGCAGUCAAGGAUAUAUAUAAAAGCGUAUAACGAAUGGAUGAGGCGGGGAUAAGUGGUGCUGAAACAAGUAAUGUGGAAACCAGAAAUGCCGACGACCUACUUUUUGGGUUAUCGACUCAAAAUUGGCAUCGUCGUGAUUGUCAUCAUGGUGCUUGGAUUUUUUAAUGAGAGCCAAGGCACUGCGCAUUACGGGGAAGAUAGCGUCGGAUCUUUUCCAUAUUUCGAGUACAACGUGCCUCGGAAUGUGACGACUGUAGUCGGACAAACUGCCUUCUUACAUUGCAGAGUCGAACAGCUCGGAGACAAAGCGGUAUCCUGGAUAAGGAAAAGGGAUCUUCACAUACUCACUGCUGGUAUUUUAACUUACACAUCAGAUCAAAGAUUUCAAGUUAUCAGACCAGAUAAAUCAGAAAACUGGACGCUCCAAAUCAAAUUCCCUCAGGAACGAGAUGCGGGCAUUUACGAAUGCCAAGUGAACACAGAGCCUAAGAUGUCACUCGCAUUCCAGCUAAAUGUCGUCGAGGCCAAGGCGCAUAUCCUCGGUCCGGCGGACUUGUAUGUAAAAACGGGCAGUGCACUAUCUCUGACGUGCAUACUCAGCCAGGGUCCUCACGAUCUUGGCACUAUAUUUUGGUAUAAGGGAUCAAACAUAAUAGAAUAUAAGGAGGUUGAGGGAAACGAGAUCGCGAUGGAGCCGCGGAUUCGUUUGAAGACGGAAUGGACGGAGCAGCUGACGUCACGGCUUACUAUAGAGAAGUUAACGCCUGGGGACAGCGGCAAUUACAGCUGCGUGCCCACCAUGGCUGAAGCGGCGUCAGUCAAUGUUCAUGUUAUUAACGGAGAACAUCCAGCAGCUAUGCAACAUGGUAAUGCGAACACAGCAUCACCCUGCGCUCUAUCAGUGAACCUGCUCAUCUCCCUCUACUGCACCAUCGCGACUCUUUACACCAGCACCAUUGAUGGCUUCAGAUGAAAGUUACAAAAUGCAGCCUUCAUCAAGUAAGGCGUCGGAAUUGAGAUAAUGUGUCUGAUCCCUUUUUGUUUUAUGACCCUCCGUAAUCCGGUGAUAAUCUUCCAACAUGCUCUUUACAUGUAUAACUAUGUAUUUCGACUGCAAUGAGACUUGUGUUGUCAC